AUGCUUUCGCUCGUCAACCAGAGCUUCUUUUGGGCCAGGAACACGAUCUCAUCUCCAUCUUGGCCGUUAUCCAAGCUCGAAUCAGCAGUUGCAAUUGCUUCCCAGUGCAAUGCAGUCAAAUACUUCUUGACGAAAUCCACAACCGAUUGUCUAUCCCGAAUGAUAACAAAGCCCGUGGGCCUAAGAAUUCGGUCCAUCUCGAGCAGUAGGGCAGCAGCAAACGAACCCAAAUUUGCCUUCAUAUCCAUUAUGUUACGUAUUGUAUCGGAUGAAAUUUUUGGGCUCAAGAGGCUCCACAAUCCUCCAACACAUACGCUCGACCAGCGCACUCAUCUCUUUCCAUAUCCUCAAAUCCUCUUCAUCCUGUGCGUAUGCUUCUGGAGAAGAGUAUGCAAAAUAGCCUCCGGGCCUAAGAAGCCUGUCGAGCUCGAGAAGGAGAAUCCCAUCCCUUUGGAGCCAAUCAAUCCUACAACGCGAACAGUGGGCAAGUUCGAAGGAUCUGCUGGGAUAAGGGAGGCGUUUGGUACCUAG